AUGUUUAACUCGGUUAAUCUGGGAAACUUCUGCUCACAGACGCGAAAAGACAGGACUUCUGAGUUCGGCGACAGAGCAAGCUGUGGGUCCAACCUUUACCUCCCCAGCUGCACCUAUUAUGUCCCCGAAUUUUCUGCCGUCUCUUCCUUUCUGCCACAGGCCCCUUCUCGGCAAAUCACCUACCCUUACUCCACGAACCUCUCCCAAGUGCAACCGGUUCGAGACGUUUCUUACAGUUUGGAGCCUUCAAGUAAGUGGCACCAUAGAGGAAACUAUGCGUCCUGCUACUCAGGGGAGGAACUGGUACACAGGGACUGUCUUCCGCCAUCGUCCACCAUGACAGAAAUGCUGAUGAAAAACGAAAGUGUCUACAGCCAUCACCAUCACCACCACCACCACCCAAGCUCCAACCACCCUUCCACGGGCUUUUACUCGGGUGUGGGGAAAAACAACGUUCUUCCGCAGGGCUUUGACCGCUUUUUCGAAAGCACACACAGCGGGGCGGAUAACAGCUCGCAAGAGAACUGUUCUCAGAAGGGCGACUCCAGUAAACUGGAUUCAGCGUCUCAGCCGCCUGCCGCCCUCCACAGCGCCGCCGACCCGGAGAAAGACCCAGAAGAUGAAGAGGAAAACACUAAUUCGGGUUCUUGUGCCUCUUCAUCGGUCACGAAAGACGACAGCGCCAGCAAAACCAGCCACUCGAGUACACCACGCACGAGGAAGAAGAGGUGUCCUUACACGAAGUUCCAGAUUCGAGAACUGGAAAGAGAGUUCUUCUUUAAUGUUUAUAUCAACAAGGAGAAACGGCUGCAGCUCUCCAGAAUGCUAAACCUCACUGACCGUCAAGUCAAAAUCUGGUUCCAGAACCGCCGAAUGAAAGAAAAGAAAUUAAGCCGAGAUCGCCUGCAGUAUUUUUCUGGCAACCCCUUAUUGUGAACUCUAAACUGAUAGCUUUGGUGAGAAAUAAUCAUUAAUAUUAUCACCUCUAAAACUGAAUUGCCUUUGGAGGACAAAGCCAGAGUCGACUUCAGUUAAAAACAAGUGUUAGGUCAUGGAAACGCUGGGACUGAAAAGAAAGAUAAGCAAUUAUUCAUAUUUUUUUUAUGUUUCCUUGUUUUGUUGAACCAAUAAGAAGAACCAGCAAAAAGCAAGACAUCAGAGAACUGUAUCUCUGACAAUAGCAGAUAAAUUAAGGUAACAUUUUCAUUUUUGUGUACAACAUUUUUGCCAAUUAAAGAUUUUUUAUUCACACGUUUGCCACAUUAAGCCAAAUAUGUGAAACAUUAUAAUCGCAAGUACGACGGUUCUCAGUAUAUUUUAUUUUGUUUGAUUAUAUAGCCUAUUUCGAUUCACUUGUGAAAUGCUGUCUUUCCAGU